CGUAGUUCGCUCACUCCCCACUCCACUCACACACCCAGCACUCCAGCAGUGGUGGUGUGGUUCGCUCCCCACUCACUCACACUCUUCACCACGGCUCACACUCACAGCUUCCUCCUCUCUUCGUCCCUUUUCGCCUCCAAUUUCCCCACGUAUAAAUCGAGCCAAAAAUACCUUCACCCUCCCUCACUCUUCCCGGAUCUGCCGUAUCUCGCUCCGCAAAAGCCCCGGCCAGAUCCGCCAGAGAUGGCAGCUCGGUCGCCGCCGAGGCCGGUGCUGCUGCUCCUGCUCCUCGCCCUCCUCUGCUGCCACAUUGCGCUCUGCUCCUCCGCUCCGCCGGCCGCCAAGCCCAAGCCCAAGCUCUCCGGCGGCCGCAAGGAGCUCGUCUCCACCGAUGACGACGAGCCGGUCAAGCCGCCCAAGACCACCGCUGCUGCCGGCGUCAAGAAGAAGGUCUCCUCUGGCGCCAAGAAUCAGACCAAGGUUCUGAAAGGCAAGAAACCGGAGGAGUCCACCUCGACGACGACCAAGGUCACCACCAAGAAGGCGACCGCUAAAGCGGAGUCGACCACGACCAAGAAGCCGACCGCUAAAGCGGGCGGCGAUGCGGCCACGACCAAGAAGCCGGCCACUAAAGCGGCCGGCGAUGCGGCCAAGCCCAAGGUCCCGAAGCUGGACAAGGCGGCGGCCACCGCCAAGCCCAAGAGCGCCGAUUCCGCCAAGUCCUCCAAGGCGGGCGCUGCCAAGCCGGUGAAAUCUGAGGGGGGCGCUCCCAAGGCCAAGAAGCCGUCCAAUUCGACGGCGGAUUCGGCCAAGUCGAGCAAGAAAGCGAAGGCCGUCGUCGCCGACGGGAAGGUGAAGGCGAAUUCGACCGUGAGCAGCGAGGAGGCGGCGGGGGUGGAGGAGGACGUGGUCUUCGCGGAGGAGGCGGAGGGGACGGAGGACCUCAUGUCCGAGUUCCGGGGCCUCCCGGCGCGGCUGCAUCAGACGCUCAUGCCGGACCUGGCGCGGCUGUCGUACACGUCCAAGGCGUACCUGUCGGCCGCCAAUGCGGGGAUCGCCGGCGGCGUGCGGCCGGUCCUGGGGGGGCGGUGGGGGGUGGCGGCGGCCUCCGCGGCGUCGGUGGCCCUGCUGCUGCUGCCCCUCUGCAUGCUCACCGCGCUGGUGCGGCGCAUGGGCCCGUACCUGCCGCUCCUCCACCGCGCGCUGCUGCUCUCGCAGGCCUACCUCGCCAUCUACUUCGGCACGCUCGCGCUCGCCGCCGCCGCCACGGGGCUGGAGCCGCUCCGCUUCUUCCACGCCGCCUCGCCCGCGGCCUACGCCUGGACGCAGGCCGCGCAGUCGCUCGGCUUCAUGGGCUACCUCGUGCUCCAGAUGGUGGACCUCGUCGCCGUCUUCUCCGGGGCCGCCUCGCCGGAGGAGGAGGAGGGCGGCGCGGACGCCACCAAGGCGCUCGGCCUGGCGCAGAUGGUGGUGGGGCUCGCCGUCGGCCUCCACUACUACGCCGCGGUGUUCCACCGCGCGGCCGCCGGCGAGGCCCCGCGCGCGAACUGGCGCGUGUACGCCGUCUACGCCGCCUGCUUCGUCAUCAUCUGCGCGUGCGCGCGAGCGGAGAAGAGGAAGAAGGCCUACCUCGCCGGCGCCGAGGAGUGGAAGAAGAGCUGAGGAUAGAAGCUUUUUUAGGGGCUUAUGUGCAAACAUUCAAAUAUAGUGAAAGCCAAAGGGCUUGGGUAUAAGAUGGGAGGAGGGGGGAAAUUGGAAGAUCAACGAGAACAAGAGGAGAAAGAAAAACUAUUCUUUUUCUAUUUUUCCCUUUCUCAUUUUGAAUUGGUUUGAGUACAGAGUGGGUGUAAUAUCACUAUGGUGCAAAAUAAGCACUAAAUUAGUCAAACUAUUUAGAGUAA